GCUGGUGUGGGAAUAGGCUCAAAGGAAAUGAUGUGGUAAUGGUCUUCUAAUUACAUUGAGGUGCAAGGCAACUUCCUUCUCCAGGAUACGCUGCACUACUCCGGCUCCACUCCGGCAUCGAGGAAAGUUUCGCAGCUCUUCUAACGUAGAUGAAGUUAAAGAAGGGUAUUCACCACGUUUCUCUGGAUUAUGAGGGUCGAUUUAAAUUGUAAAAGUUUAUGGGAAAAAACGACGACGGGCGAUGUCGACUGAAAUUGGAAGCUUGUGUUUCAAGAGAUCGAACAAACAUACAAUCUCCUGGUUCCAGACAGAUGACUCAAUAGCGUAUCCUGGAAAGUAGCCAACAUAUCUGUCCGUCCGAAGGCACUUCAUUAAUUUGUUUUCGCUGAAGAUCUGCAGUGUCAGAUGGCAUUAUGAUUCUCCUGGUCUUAAUGGUGCUGGUCUUCCCCUCUUUUUGCAUGCAAGCGGAUGAAGACGCAGCGCUGGGCUCGGAGGAGUUCGACUGCGCGUGCGAGGGCCAGGCCUGCGCCGGCGGGAGCCGCUGCUCGGGCCGGCGGUGCUACGCGGCGCUGUCCGUCCAGAACGGGACGUCCCUGCUCCGCAAGGGCUGCGCGGGGGCCGGCGGGGAGGGGGGCGUGGCCUGCGGUGGACCCCCGACCCCGGGCCUGACGGUGGAGUGCUGCCGGGGACACCUGUGCAACAUGAACGUCACCUUGAGACCGGCGGCCAGAGACGAGGAGCCGAAGCCCGCCUCCAGGGACCACGAGUGCGUGUGCGAGGGGCGCUCCUGCGCCAGCGGCGACCGCUGCGUGGGCCAGCAGUGCUUCUCCUCGCUGACGCUCAGCGACGGGGCGCCCGUCUACCAGAAGGGCUGCUUCAAGGUGUACGAGCAGGGCCGCAUGACCUGCAAGACCCCGCCCUCGCCCGACCAGAUCGUGGAGUGCUGCCAGGGCCACCUGUGCAACCGCAACGUCACGGUGGAGCUGCCCGCCAGAGCAGGUGACGGGCAGAGUUACAGCGUGAUCACCCUGGCCGUGGUCAUCGUCGCCCCCGUCAUCGUCCUCGUCGUCCUGUCGGGCAUCGCCAUCCUGGCGUUCCGGCGGAUCCACCAGAACAAGAUGGAGAGGCUGACCGCGCGGGACGCCGAGUACGGCACCAUCGACGGCCUCAUCGCGUCCAACGUCGGGGACAGCACGCUGGCGGACCUGCUGGACCACACGUGCACUUCAGGAAGCGGCUCGGGGCUCCCCUUCCUGGUGCAGAGGACGGUGGCGCGGCAGAUCACGCUCAACGAGUGCGUGGGAAAGGGGCGCUACGGCGAGGUGUGGAGGGGGCAGUGGCAGGGGGAGAACGUGGCCGUCAAAAUCUUCUCCUCCAGGGACGAGAAGUCGUGGUUCCGGGAGACGGAAAUCUACAACACCGUGCUCCUCCGACACAAGAACAUCCUGGGUUUCAUCGCCUCGGACAUGACGUCGCGGAACUCGAGCACGCAGCUGUGGCUGAUCACGCACUUCCACGAGAUGGGCUCCCUGUACGACUACCUGCAGCAGAGCACGCUGGACGCGGCCGGCUGCCUCCGCAUGGCGCUGUCCAUCGCCAGCGGCCUGGCCCACCUGCACGUGGAGAUCUUCGGCACGCAGGGCAAGCCCGCCAUCGCCCACCGCGACCUCAAGAGCAAGAACGUGCUGGUCAGCAAGAACGGCCAGUGCUGCAUCGCCGAUCUGGGUCUGGCUGUGAUGCAUUUCCAAGACACCAACGAGUUGGACGUGGGGAACAACCCAAAAGUUGGCACCAAGAGGUACAUGGCCCCGGAGGUCCUCGACGACAGCAUCCAGAUGGAAUGCUUUGAGUCCUUCAAGAGGGUGGACAUCUGGGCCUUUGGGCUGGUCCUGUGGGAGAUCGCCCGGAGGACCGUCAGCAACGGCAUUGUAGAGGACUACAAGCCCCCCUUCCAUGACGCGGUGCCCAGUGACCCCAGCUUCGAGGACAUGAGGAAGGUCGUCUGUACUGACCAGCAGAGGCCCGUUAUCCCGAACAGAUGGUUCUCAGAUGCGACUCUGACGUCGAUCGCCAAACUAAUGAAGGAGUGCUGGUACCAGAACCCGUCCGCCAGGCUCACCGCUUUACGCAUCAGAAAGACGCUGACCAAAAUCGACAACUCUCUGGACAAAAUCAAAGCGGACUGCUGAGCGUCUUCCAAAGAGGGAGGCUGAAAGAAGGUUUGCGCGUCCAGCAGCGUGCUGCCAAGGCUGGACGGGCGCAGUGCUCUUAUAGUUGCACAUACUAUUUAUUUCGAAAGCCUGGUGGGGGACACAUUUUGGCAUCCAAAGAUGGCUUAGAGGAAAUAUAAGACCGUCAGUUGUCUGGGACCUUAAGCGACAAUCCUUUUAAAUAUAUAGGAAUUUUACUAAUGGUCACCCUUCAAGGAAGAACUUUCACCUGGGCAUUGUAGGAUACUGCUUUUAGGGCUGCAAUUCUCUUUAACCCAGCAUCAGUUUGAGAUCUUUCUUAAAAUAUUUCAUUUAUCCAGUACACACCCAGUAUCUGUUUUUGUUUUUCUUUAAUUGCUCUGGCAAUCUUCGCAUUCCUAACUUGCACUGUUACUGACGCAUACAGAAAAGAAAAAGACUUGCCAAAAAUGGAUUUGUUUUGUAUCCGUUCUAACACUAUAAUCUUAACAUCGAGCAAAAAGAACAAAUGUUUGGUUAUGUUUUAGCUGCAUCUAUUGCACUGGAGGCUACGGUGUUAUUGGAAAUGUUACCUUAGUUUUUUUUUUUUUUAAACCAGUAAUUUAUUUAACACACUGAGUUGUAAAGCUGUGUUGCAGUUGGUUCUACGCUCUCUCCUUGUUAAAAUGUUGUCCAGUGUACCCUAUUGCAGUUUUGUAUUUCACCAUUCACUUUUUGCAUUAUGCAUCUGUUUAUUGUUCUUUUUUUCAGAAGCUUUGCUGAGUAGAAAUGCUAAUACAUACAACAAACAUUUAGAGUAAGAUAAACUACUACUUCCUACAGGCGUGACAGUUAUUUCUGUAAUAUAUUUUUUGAAUGUGGAGGUGUUAAAACUGUCCAGCUAAUUGAAUUAAUUCUAUUGUCUUACUAAAAUAUGUGCAUUGUAAAGUCAAAUUAUUUUGAUUUAAUCAAUAUUUUAUAUUAAGUAGUGAUUUCUAUCAUUUAAAUAGAAAAAUGCAACACUACAA